GGAAGGUGGGAGGGGCCUGUCUCGGCUGACGUCACCGGCUGUGUGGAGGAGUAUAGGCUGUGCUGUCAGUCCAGUGUCAGUCUGAUGAAGAUUGGCAUGCAGGUUUUGAGGACAGAGUUGGAUGCCGGACCACCAAACUAACAACGAAGCUGCUGUGCCGCUGAGGGCCGAUAAACAUCUCGAUGUGAAGCCACCCCAUGAUGCAACAUGUGUCCCCAGCACCUGCAGUGACAAUGAUGGCCACCCAGAGCGUUCCUCCUCCAUCGUAUCAAGAGAGCCAACAGAUGACGGGCACGACUCAGCAGAACACUAAGACCCCACAGGUCCACAUCCCAGCAGCCUCCGCAGCAGGAAAUACCUCUGUCAGUGUGACACUUGACCCACAAGCACAACUCGAGUCCGACAAGAGGGCGGUUUACAGACACCCGCUGUUCCCGCUGCUCGCGCUGCUGUUCGAGAAAUGCGAACAAGCGACGCAGGGCUCGGAGUGCAUAACGUCCGCCAGCUUCGACGUGGACAUCGAGAACUUUGUCCACCAGCAGGAGCGAGAGCACAAGCCUUUCUUCAGUGAAGAUCCAGAGCUGGACAACUUGAUGGUGAAGGCUAUCCAGGUGCUGCGGAUCCACCUCCUGGAACUUGAAAAGGUCAAUGAGCUGUGUAAGGACUUCUGCAACCGCUACAUCACCUGCCUCAAGACCAAGAUGCACAGCGACAACCUCCUCCGAAACGACCUGGGAGGGCCCUAUUCUCCGACACACACCAGUCUCAGCAUGCAGCAGGAACUCAUUCAGACCUCCUCUCCAUCCAUGACCUCCGUCUCCAGCUCUGUUAACCCAUCGGGCAUUGUUGCGUCUGCUGGAGGACUACAGCAGAGCAACGUCGCCAUGACUACCAUCAACUCGCAAGUAGUGUCAGGUGGAACCCUGUACCAGCCGGUUGCCAUGGUGACGUCGCAGGGGCAAGUGUUAACACAAACACUGCCGCCGGGAACCAUCCAGAUCCAGAACUCACAGGUGAACGUGGACCUGGCGUCUCUGUUGGACAAUGAGGACAAGAAGUCGAAAAACAAAAGGGGGGUUCUGCCCAAGCAAGCCACCAACAUCAUGCGCUCCUGGCUCUUCCAGCAUCUCAUGCAUCCGUACCCGACAGAAGACGAGAAGAGGCAGAUUGCUGCACAGACAAGCCUCACACUACUGCAAGUCAAUAACUGGUUCAUCAACGCUCGCCGGCGCAUCCUGCAGCCGAUGCUGGACGCCAGCAACCCUGACCCGGCUCCCAAAGCCAAGAAGAUGAAGUCUCAGCACCGACCCACUCAGCGCUUCUGGCCCGACUCGAUCGUAGCAGGAGUUCUGCAGACGCACCGAGCGCAGACGGGAAACAACUCCGACAACCCGCUGAGUCUGGACAGCCUCCAUUCGCUGUCGUCGGACUCGGCCACACUGGCUAUGCAGCAGGCCAUGCUGGGAGCUGACGACUCCAUGGACGGCACCGAGGAGGAGGAGGAAGAGGAGGAGGAGGAAGAAGAGGAGGAGGAGGAAGGAAUGGAGGAGGAGGAAGAGGAAGAAGAGGGAGAAGAGGACAGUGACCGGAGGAGGCAAAUGUCAGGCGGAGGAGGAGGAGGGCGGAGGGAUCUGAGCAUGGAGCACUCGGAGGACCUGAAAGCUGAGCCGCCUCAGCACCGGGGCCCAGGCUCACACAGGGCUCGGUGGAACGCCCUGGCCUGCUGCUCCGUGCUGGAGGUGUCCAAGAUGUCCAUCGCCAAGGCGGCGGCCAAGGCCAUGCUGUCAGACGCCCUGCUGCAGGAUGGCCUGACACUGAACCGGAUCAGCCACCUGGAGCUGGAGCUUCCUCUGGACAAGGUCAUCAAGUACGUGUCGGUGGGCCUUCCGCUGCUGCUGGUCUGCAUGGCCUUCGCCCGGGAGGUUUCCCUCGGGCCUCAGAUCAGCUGUUUCCCUCCCAGCAAUUUCACCAUCAAGCAGGCCGGCUACGUCGACACGUACUGCUGGGACUCCCUCAUGCAUCACGAGUUUGACAGCGAAGGGAACUUUGAGGAACGCUCGCUCUGGGUCCACAAAAUGUUCCCCUACUCUCUUCUGGCCAUGGCGGUGCUGAUGUAUCUGCCGGCCCUGAUUUGGAGACAGUUGGUGAUGCCCACUCUGGGGUCCGACCUGCUCUUCGUCAUGGAGGAGUUGGACAAGUCCUACAACCGCUCGGUCCGAAUGGCCCAGAGCAUUCUGGACAUGCGCCAGGCCACCAAAAACCCACUCACCUUCCAGGCUGAGCUCCAGAGGGCCAAAAGGAAACGCUACUUUGAGUACCCUCUGCUGGAGAGGUACUUGAAGUGCAAGCAGAGCUCCUACUUCCUGGUCAGCAUGCUCUUCCUGCGCGGCUUCCUCCUCCUCACCUUCAUGACGGCGGCUUGCCUCUACCUGGCCUACUUCCACCUGUCGGCCUUCCUGCAGGACGAGUUCAGCUGCUUCGUGAGAACCGGGAUGCUCCGAGACCAGACCUGGGUUCCUGAGCUGGUGCAGUGCAAGAUGAUCGGCCAGUUGGUCUUCCAAGUGAUCAGCGUCGCCAACGGCGCCAUCUACGUCCUGCUGGCGCCCAUCGUGCUCUUCAGUUUGAUCCGCCUCUUCGUCUGGGACACGACCUUCAUCUCCGUGUACGAGGUUCUCCCCGCGCUGGACCUCCUGAACAGCCGCAGACUGGGAUGCCCCCUCAAUGACCUCAAUGUUCUCUUGCUGUUCCUGCGCGCCAACGUGGCGCACCUGAAAUCCUACGGAAAGGUUCGGGCGCUGUGCUCCCUAGCGCCGCCGCAGGUCGGCGCCACCACUGCAGGGCAAGGCUUGAACGCCAUGCUCAGCCAAGAGGAGCUGGAGGAGCGUGAAGAGGCGGCGCUUGAGCUGGCCGAUGAGCUGGAGGAGGCCAAGGAGGAGGGCAAGCUGAACCUGGUGGACAUCAUGACCAUUCUGGGCGCGGCGCAGGCAAGAGUGGUGAACAGCAGCGAGCAGCGGCCAGUGGUUGAGGAGAAUAUGAGCCUCGAGCCAAAGCACCAGGGGUACCAUGAGUUGAAGGAGACCGCACCAUUUAGUCAUUACUAGACCUCCCGGACUGAGUCAAU